GGACGUACAGUUACAUAUGUGUAUUCAUUCAAACGUAUGUAUGUGUGUUGUAACAUUUGUGUAUAUGUGAGUGUAACUAUGUAUACAAGUGUCUUUCUCACUCUGUAUGUGUGUGUAUAUGUGUGGGUGUAUGUGUGUGUUAUUCAUCUUUAUCAGUUUCUUUUUUCUCCUUUUCUCUCUCUUCCACCCUCUCCCUGUUUGUCUCUGUCUCUACUGUGUGUAUAUGUGUCUCUCCAGACUGUAUGUAUGUAUGUAUGUAUGUAUGUAUAAGUGCUUGUGUUUUUUCUGUGUAUUACGAUAUGUCAUCUCUGCUGUUUUCCCUCUCUAUUUACAUACAUAUAUUGUUUGUGUGUGUGUGUGUAUGUGUGUGUAUCCGUCUCUCCCCUCCUCUCUCUUUCUGUGUGUGUGUGGCCAUUAACUCUAUCUCCCUCGCCCUUUCUCUCUCAUUCUCUCCCUCUCUCCCCGUCUGUCUGUGCGUCCGUGUGUUAUCAAACACCAUAACAGAGCUGAACAAACCACCAAAUGGAACAGCUUCGAAUAAAGACUUGUUGGAGAUAUUAUGGAAAACAAAUUUGCAUGCAGUAUCUCACCGUUUCGGAGGUAUCUUACAUGGAAAAGAUAUCUAAUACAUUAAUUUAAAAAUACAAAAAAAAUAUAUAUAUAUAAUAAAAACAAUUUGUUGCUAUGGUAGGUGGCGCAAUGCCCAUAGUUGCGCCAGUUUCACAACAGCCUGGUGAUGUGGAUAUUUCAGAGAACAAGUACUCUGGUAUCAGUACCGAUAAUCAUUAUAAGGACCAGAGAAAACCCCACCGUGUGAAGUUCUUUGUGAACGGAGACCGUUUUUUCAAAGGGUGUCGCCUACUUUCAACUAGAGCAAAAUUCUCAGGGAACUGGAGUGAUGCCCUGUCUGUGGCCAACAUUGGAGGUCUACUCACUCUAAAUGAUAGUGAAUUAUCUCUUGCAGCCGUGGCAUUUGAGACGUUCGGAGAGACUGGGCCGCCAACCGCGAAGUUCUUGUCAAUGUCGGCAGCUCGCCUCACUGAGGUGUCAGGUGAUGCCCUGUACCAAUCUCUUCAAUGUUUAACAUUUCGGAAUCGUGUUAUAAUUAUGCAGAAAUCUGUGAAAGCUCAGACAAAAUUAUUAAAAAAUAAAAUAAUUAGUAACAUAAGAUAUAAUCAUAUUACACAUGGCCAAAGUCUUAGAGGUAAUCCCCGGCUACUUUCUGCAAAAGUUCAUCCAGCAGAGAAGAAGCAGAGAAUUCUUCGUUCGGUAACUUACGUGAAGACUCAACGUGACAAACGUACAAAUAAAGUUAGUUUGGGCGAACGUAUGAGACAGAUCGAACUCCUCGAGAGGAGUUUGAGUCGAACAUUGCGUCAGUUAAACGAGGGAUUAAGCGACCUGACAAACACAAACAAAAAAAUCCAAAGAGACUUGAAGAAAUAUAUUCAAAAAAAGGAAUUCGAAUCUUUAAACAACUUAACCAACCGUGUUGAAUUUUUGACCAAAGACUGCGAGGCCGUAUCAAAGGAUUUGUCAAGAUUAGUUCGCCAAGGACGACCUCAUGAGUCACUCCACUUGGAACUCAACAGAAACAAUGGAGCUAUUUCACAAACUGUUAACUCUUACAAUGCAUUUCAUCCAGGACGUUAUUUCCAUGCGAAUAAUCAUUAUCACCAUCAUCAGCAACAACAACAGCAACAGCAACAGCAACAACCACAACAACAACAGCUGCACCAACAAGUCCGUAAACCUUUGGUGGGUCUUGGUGCUUCUUAUAAUCGUGGUAACCAGGUGCCCCAGACAGAGAGCAACUGUAGCCAGCGUAGACCCAAAGUAAUUACCGUGGUUCGUUACGGAUCUUACCCAAGGAACACUAUUAAAAUGUUCCUUAAUCGUCAAACAAUUCAGUCUUUUGAACAGAUUAUGGGAGACAUUUCAGAAUCUUUUGGUAUCAAAUGGCAAAACAAAAGAUUUCACAGAUUGCUUUCUUUACGUGGUAAACAAGUCCAUGGCAUCAAUGAUUUUUUUCGUGAAGAUGAUGUGUUCUUAGCGGUUGGUAAUGAGCAGAUAUGCGAUGGCGAUAUACAAGACAUUAUACAAGAACUUUACCCUAAUAGUCCGUAUGCUAAAAGUCUUUUAAAACAAUGGCAGAAGACAAAGAGGCGCCGUCUUGUUCAUGAUGUUAAAUACAAGUCGGAAAAACUCGAUAGUGGUUUCGGUAGCAGCGAAAGCAGCAAGAAGGUUAUCAUGAAUGAUUACAUAUCUUCCAGUGAUACCAGAACCCCUGCAUAUUCUACAGAAUUGGCCAGCAGCAGAUUGAAUCCAGGAAAGAAUUUCCGGAUGAUGCUAAAAGCCGAUCGAUUUAAAGAUCGAGUAUUAUAUGAAGAGGAUGUUGAAGUGAGAAAGCGUCAGAGGAAAAUGGUCGAGAGCAAUAAAUGUUUUUCGGUCAGAAACAACAAGAACAACAAAAACAAUGAUAACAACAGUGACAACAACAACAGCAUUAGUGGUGUAGGUGGUGGUGGUGAUGACGGCAAAGGGAGCAGAGGAGGAGGAAGAAAAAGCAAAUGUGAUGGUGACAAGGAUGCUGACAAUAAUAACAAAAACAAGACCAUGAGAGUUAAGAAUGGCUGUCAGGAUAAAUCGGUAAUGAUUGCAAGUGAAGAUAAAGAAAAUUUGGUGAAGCCUCUGGUCAACAACGAUGUGUUAAUUGAAACAAUGUCAAAGCUAAUGGCAAGAAUUUCGUCUGCAGAUCUCACCAGCCUCUCCAUCACUGACCUCACCGCUGAUGACAACAUUCCUUCGUACGUCAUUCACAACUACAACAACAACACGACCAAUACCAACACCAAAGCCAGAAUGUCUCCUCCUACCACUGUUUCUUUCACAUCUUUGACCACUACUAUUACUACUACUGCUGUGGCUGCUACUACGACGACUACUACUACCAACACGCCUGCAGCAGUGACCGCUACUAUCUCUGUUUCAAACACAACCCCCAACAUGAUGUCAUCGUCCAGUGAAAUGAAGACUGACCAGCUGUCCGUGCUUGAACCCUUUCCAGCCAUGAAAUCGAAAUUGGGGUACCAAGUAUUGAACAACGACAUCCUGGAUAGGUAUUACCUUGGCAGGACGUUGGGUUAUGGUAACUUCGCCGAAGUACGAGAAGCCAAGCGAAAGCAAGGUUUGCCCUGCGAAGUAGCCAUGAAGAUCAUUGACAAGAAUAAAAUAAUCGGUAAAGAACGCAUGGUAGAGAAUGAGAUUUAUAUACUGACUGUCUGUAGACAUAGCAACAUUGUCAAACUGUAUGAAGAAUUUGAAACUCCAGAUAGGAUUUACUUAGCUAUGGAAUUAGUAAAGGGAGGUGAUCUAUUCGAUGCCAUCACUCAGAGUGUGAAAUUUGAAGAACCACAGUCAGCGAUAAUGGUUCAAGACUUGGGUAGUGCUCUCUUUUAUUUACACUCCAUGGGGAUUGUACACAGAGACCUGAAGCCUGAGAAUCUAUUGGUUUAUUGGAACAAAGAUGGUUUCUUGAAACUGAAGUUGGCAGAUUUUGGUUUGGCUAUGGAAAUAACAGAAGAUAUUUAUACGGUGUGUGGCACUCCGACAUAUGUAGCACCAGAGAUCCUUACACAAGAAGGUCAGUGGGAUCAAAUUUCGAAAUAUGCUAAAGGUCUCAUUCGACAUCUUCUAGUGGUCGACCGAAGACGGCGUUACACAGCUGUUGACGUACUCUGUCAUCCGUGGAUCCUUUGUGGUGGCAACAUUACAUGGAUUCUCCAUGGACAGGAGUUGGCCAACAACCAGAAAAGACUCCGUGAAAAGUUGAGCAGUGAUGGA